UUGUGUUUGCAAACCCUUGUGUGUUCCGUUGUGUGAGAUAGAAUAGAAGAGUCUGGAACUUGUCAUCUGAUCUGAGUUCUCUCCUCUUCCUCUACCCUUCCCCUCCUGCAAUUAACCAAGCGAUCUCUCUCUUUUGUUUUCUCUAGUUAACAGCAGCAACUACUAGUUAGUUCAUUCCAAAAUCAAACACCAUGAAACGCCCAACCGAUGACGUGGCCGCAACCCUACCCAAGCCAAAGUUCCUCACUAAAGCUGAGCGCGAGGAAUUGGCCCUAAAACGCCGUCAGGAUCAAAUCGCCGACCAGAGGCGCCGCCAUCAACAGAUCCUCUCCGAUUCCAAUCCCCCCUCCGCCGACCCCAACCGCCGCGACCGCGAUAGGGAUAGGGAUAGGGACCGUGACCGUGACCGUGAAAGGGACCGCGAGAGGGACAGGGACAGAGACCGCGAACGGCGAAACCGAGAGAGGGAGCGCGACGAGGAGAACAAGGCCAGGGAGCGUGCUCGCUUGGAGAAACUGGCGGAGCGGGAGCGUGAGAAGGAGCUGGAUGCGAUCAAGGAGCAGUACCUCGGGUCGAAGAAGCCUAAGAAGCGUGUUAUCAAGCCCAGUGAGAAGUUCCGCUUCUCCUUCGAUUGGGAGAACACGGAGGACACCUCGCGUGACAUGAAUGCCCUCUACCAGAACCCUCACGAGGCUCAGCUUCUCUUCGGCCGUGGCUUCCGCGCCGGGAUGGACCGCCGCGAGCAGAAGAAGCUUGCUGCCAAGAAUGAGAAGGAUAUGCGGGAUCAAAUCCGGAAGAAGGACGGCAUUGAGGAGAAGCCGGAGGAGGCGGACGCUCAGCGCCGGAAGGAGGAGGCUGCUGAUAUGUAUGACACGUUUGACAUGAGGGUGGACCGCCACUGGAGUGAGAAGAAGCUGGAGGAGAUGACGGAGAGGGAUUGGCGUAUCUUCAGGGAGGACUUCAACAUCUCCUACAAGGGUUCCAAGAUCCCUCGCCCUAUGCGGAGCUGGGAUGAGAGUAGGUUGAGCCAGGAGCUCUUGAAGUCUGUUGAGAAGGCUGGUUACAAGACCCCUUCUCCUAUUCAGAUGGCUGCUAUUCCACUUGGUCUUCAGCAGCGUGAUGUCAUUGGAGUUGCCGAAACCGGUUCUGGGAAAACCGCCGCUUUCGUUCUUCCCAUGUUGAGUUACAUCACCAGGCUUCCACCCAUUAGUGAGGAGAAUGAAGCUGAGGGUCCGUAUGCUGUUGUCAUGGCACCUACUCGUGAGCUUGCUCAGCAGAUUGAGGAUGAGACUGUUAAGUUUGCUCAGUAUCUCGGCAUCAAAGUGGUGUCUAUUGUUGGUGGACAGUCCAUUGAGGAGCAAGGGUUUAAGAUAAGGCAGGGCUGUGAGAUUGUGAUUGCAACCCCUGGUCGUUUGAUUGAUUGCUUGGAGCGGCGCUAUGCUGUUCUGAAUCAAUGUAAUUAUGUUGUCCUUGAUGAGGCUGACCGCAUGAUUGAUAUGGGGUUUGAGCCCCAGGUUAUGGGGGUGCUGGAUGCCAUGCCUUCCAGUAAUCUGAAACCUGAGAAUGAAGAUGAGGAGCUUGACGAGAAGAAGAUUUACAGGACCACUUACAUGUUUAGCGCCACCAUGCCGCCUGCAGUGGAGAGGCUUGCCAGGAAGUAUUUGAGGAACCCUGUUGUGGUGACCAUAGGCACUGCUGGAAAAGCAACCGAGUUGAUCAGCCAGUAUGUGAUGAUGGUGAAGGAACCUGAGAAGUUUCAUAAGCUCCAGAGGUUGCUUGAUGAGCUCAAUGACAAGACAGCAAUUGUUUUUGUCAACACCAAGAAGAAUGCUGAUACGGUUGCCAAGAAUUUGGAUAAGGACGGAUACCGUGUGACCACUUUACAUGGAGGGAAAUCGCAGGAGCAGAGGGAGAUUAGUCUUGAGGGAUUUAGAACCAAGAGAUACAAUGUUCUUGUUGCCACUGAUGUUGCUGGACGUGGUAUUGACAUACCUGAUGUGGCUCAUGUCAUCAACUAUGAUAUGCCUGGGAAUAUUGAAAUGUACACCCAUCGUAUUGGGCGUACUGGCCGUGCAGGGAAGACGGGUGUCGCCACUACAUUCCUGACUCUUCAUGACACUGAUGUUUUUUAUGACCUCAAACAGAUGCUCAUUCAAAGUAAUAGUCCUGUUCCACCUGAAUUGGCAAGGCAUGAAGCUUCAAAAUUCAAGCCGGGAAGUAUUCCCGAUAGACCACCUAGGCGAAAUGAUACUGUAUUUGCGCAUUAGCUAUCUUCUUUGGAGGUAGACACUUACUUUGAGGGUAAUAUCCAGUUUUCUGGGGUAGAACAUCUUGCCUGUGAUGAUGCUUAGCAGCGAUUUACUUUUUGCGGUUAUAUUUUUAGUCUUGUAUAAAGCUCAAUUAAAACACUUUCCUGGCAUCAUUGUAGUUGCUUUUGCUCUGCUUAUUUGGAGCAACUAUCCUGCAUAAUAUUUCCAACAGGAAUUGAUAGGUUUUUUAUGAGAAUAUUUUGACAUUUGGCUAUAAUAUUUGUUGUCAUCUUGUGCUACAA